UCAAGUUAUUUCCUAACAACAAAUCUAGCAAUCUUUUCACUCGCAAACCUGUAGAAGAUGAUGUGCCGCAAUGCGCAUCUUGCUAAUCAGGCAUGGCGAGUCUGUGGACAAUGUAGCUGGUCUCUACGCAGGCUCCCGUGAUUCACCCUUAACAAAUCAUGGUGUUUUGCAAAUAAAGAGAUUGGGUGCUCGCCUCGCGAAGUGUUGCGAAACUACUGCCCCAAUCAAGUACAUAUUCACUUCCAAUCUUCGAAGAGCCUAUGAGACUGCCGGCGCUAUAUCCAAAGCUAUUGCUGACGCCCGAGACCCUUUAAACGGCAAUGCAUCAGACACUUGUGCUCCUCUGGAAGUCACACAGCUGUCCGAGUUACGAGAGAAGGACUAUGGGUCAUCUGAGGGCAAGAAAUAUAGAAGUCUCAAUAGUCUGAUUCAAGCGGACUCGGAAACUCCUGAGUCCAUGAGAAUCAGAAUUGAUCGAUUUCUAGAUUCCCACUUAACCCCAAUCGUUGAUACACAUGUGUCCGACAAGAUCACAGUUGCUAUAGUAGCACAUGGCAUUAUCCUCAAUGUUCUGUUGAAUGGAUUGCUUAAACGCUUUCCUAACCCAGACGAUUCUGCAACGCGCAACGGAAACCGUGACAGCCGGUCGGAGUCUGCGGCAUGGAGUAACACCGGUGUACUUCAGGCUAGGCUUGAAAUGGCCAAUAUUGUAUCGAACCCGGAUUGCCCGAAUGAUGCCGUGUCUUCCGUCAGCUCAGUGGCUCCAGCAGACGAUUCGAACCUGUAUGGACGGACGAUACGCCUAACCGUUGAAUUUAUCAACAAUGUUGACCACCUCGAGGGUCUGAAAAAGACGAGAGGUGGCAUUGGUAGCACCAGAUUUGACUCACGUCAGAGGACUAUGGACUCGUUCUUCGGCCCUGCCUCAAAAAAGCGUAAGCUUGGAGACUCGUAGUCUACUAGUUUAACAAAUCUCCUUUAGAACCCAUCUAGGUUUCUAUGAUCAUGAUACGCUUCUCAAAGAUCAGGGAGCAGUGCCGUAGUACACCUCACUACUAUAGAGUACUAACUGGCUACUGGUACCUUGGAUACGAAUUUUGUCGUGAUCCUAACUUCAUUGAAGAAUAAGACA